GAUCCUGCUGCUGGUUUCUAUGGACGUAGAUUAGGUUUGUAGUAGUGGUGAAGUUGAGUUGGUGGGGAAAUAAAGCUAUGAAAGUUUGCGGUGGUGGUGGUGAGUGAAUGUGUCUGAUAUUAAUUCCGAACUGAAGAUCACGUGCCGCUGAGAUAACGACAGCAAUCGAUCAUCUGGAAAAUUUACGCGGUAAUUUUGAAUUUUAUUGCAAGAUGGCGUAGCUGGUGUAUCUAUUGUUGGUGGGUUAUCUUUGGUAGGUAACGCGGGGUUAUUUUAAAUUUUAAAUGCGCGUGCGCUGGAAGUAGUAGAUCGUCUUGUGUUUUGUCAUGGAGGCCAUUGUAUUUUUCUACGCCAGAGUUGGAAGUUAAAAGUUGAUUUAAUUUGAAGAUUUUAUUAUAAUUUUGAUCAUGUCUUUCAUGCCGUUGUGGCCGAAUUUGCAGCCUAGAGCUACAGAUCCGUUGUGGUUUAAUGUCGACAAGCCGAUUGAUGAUGAAGAAGAAGUUGAGAAGCUGGAGACUGUGAACCAAGCAUGGAAAGAUCGAGUCAAAGCUCUGUACAGUGAUCAGAUACCUAUCGGAAAGUCUGCUAGCGAUUUUCGUGGUUCAGAGGAAGAAGAUGACGAGGAAGAGGAGGAAGAAGGCGAAGGUGAGGAAGAAGAAGAGUCUGACACUCAUGAAGAAGAGGAAGAAGAGUUUGAUGAAAUCGACAUGGAAGUCAGUUACACUCACCAGCAACAAAGAUCCAGUCCAACUGAUACCCCAACUGAUCCAGUCUCCAUCAGAAUGGUGACUACUUCUCGAUACUCUUAAGAAAUUAAUCAUUAAUUUACUAUUUAUUAUUUAUUAUCAACUAAUUCAAUUACUAUUUAUUUGUCACAUAAAUUUUUUGCGCCUGUGCUUUGUUUUAAAAAUUACCAUUAAAUUAAAUCAAACGCGUCGUAAAUAAUAAUACCAGUUAUUAGAUAAUAAAACUUAUGAUAAU